GGGCUGAGAGAGUCCAAAGAUCAGGGAAACACAAAUAGACUAUAACAGCAGAGAAGCCAGUUUUCUCCGCCUGCCGAGCUGGACCAGCGCUACCCCACACAACAGGAGUUACCAUCAGCAUGAACACCAUCCUGAAAACUGCCAGACGACUGAGGAGCCACGGCUCCAACCAAAGCAGUUCAGUGGGGGUCGUGCGUUGGAACCAGCCCAACGUCAACGCCCAGGCUCACAGCUCGGCCCCCAGCAGACCUGCCUGCAACCUCACCGAAAACUCACAGCAGCUCCAUCCUCGACAGAACAGCCUGAAGGAUCUGCGCAGCCUGCAAGAGUGUGUGCAGUUCAUCUAUCUCUGGAAAGAGCAGGUGGACCAAGUCUGCACGGGUACAUGUGAUCCAGAGGAAGGCACCACUAAGAGGGGGGACAAGAGCUCAGACCAACAUACUGAGCGCAGUCUUGAGCAGAGUAAGAAACUGAUCCUGGAGUGGGCCCACGAAUUCCACCAUGUCGACCAGCUCCUGAAGGAAACACCCUGGACGUCUGAAGGCGAAGGAAAUCGAGAAGAGGAGGAUGCAAAUGAGGAAGCACAACUGAGGAUCAUGGAUUGGGCAAAGGAGCUGCAGACGGUGACUGAGAGUUGUGGUGUUCAGAGGGAUGAGCUGGGAAAGCUGCUGCUCAUGUUGGGCCGCAAGAAAAAGCAACUGGUCAACCUGCUGCCGCUGCUCGAGUUCAUCACCUGGUCUCUGCUUAAAGAAGACAGCACGAGGAUGAUUCCACAAGCCUGGUUACUGGCAAAGCAAAAGACCGGGAAGGCAGGAAUUCCAGGAUACAUCCCCAACUCAGUUUGGAGAUGGAUUUGCAGUGCAAAGGCUGAUGUGCUUCUUGAUACCAUGACCAGCCACUCAUGGCUGCAGCUGUCAGAUGAUCAGCGUAUGGUGCGAGAGGGCCUUUCUGCGUCUGACCCACCGGACAACUUGCAGCGCUUUGACAGCUGGCCGUGUGUGCUGGGCUGGGAGGGCUACAGCAGCGGCCGCCACUACUGGGAGGUGGACAUAGCCAACAAAGGCUACUGGCGCAUGGGCGUGACCACUGCUGACUCCAAACGGAAGGGGAGGUUCCCCAUGACCCCAAAGCAAAGCUACUGGGUUCUGUGGCACAGCACACAGGAGUUCUACGCGUGCACUAAACCAGAGACGGAGCUGCCGGUCGGCCUCGUCCCUCAGCGCAUGGGAAUCUACUUAGACUACGAAGAAGGCCACAUCUCCUUCUACAAUGCAGCGACAAAAGCUCACAUUUACACCUUCACUGGAACCUUUAAAGAGAAGCUGUACCCUCUGUUUGCACCGCUGGACGGCCACACGCUUCUGAAAAUCAUCCCACCACAAAAAAUCUCAUUGAACUGACAAAGACGGACUUUGGAAGCUUUUAUCGGACAUUUCAAAUAUUUUUUAAUUUGACUUCAAGGAAAUUGGGUUAAACUGGACAAGAAAGUACAACAAAGUAAAAUAGCAGCAUCUCCAGCUCUACAUUUCAAAACAAAAUAACAUUUUGAUGUCUACGUCACCUAUUCGGAUACUGAAUAUAAAAUCUUUAAAGCUGUGAGAGGAAAGACUGAACUCUAAGCGCUGAUGAAGUCAUCCACACAAUAAGUUCUUAUUGAUGAUAGCACUCAAAAGAAAAAGAAAGGAACCCAUUGUGCACAGUGCACUUUUGGAUAUGCACAAAACAAACUGCAUGUUGUCUUUGAAUCAUGUUUAUAAACGUAAAACUCCUCUUCCAAAGAGCUCUUGUCUUUGGUCACACAUUUAAAAUGUUCAGUCUCAUGCACGAAAGAACUGAAUAUGAAAUGAAAUCAUGUGGUUUUGUGUUGCGGACUGUCAGAACCCUCUCUUACAAACCCACGGUCCGAACGAUUCACAGUCGACAGCAAAGAGACUCCCACCUCCACGCAGGUCGGCACAGUCUCUCUGGUCAGAGUCCCACUCUACUGUCACCCUUCAAAACACACACGGAAUAAUAGAGUUGAGUCAAAAUCUUAUGGAUACAUUCACAAAUACAUUUUACAGAGAACACUGCGAUCGUCUGCUGCUGGUUUGUUGGAGGUUCCCCACAACAGUUGAAACGAAAAUUGGGGAUACUGCCUUUGUUACUUACGCCCCUAAACUUUGGAACACACUUAGAUAUCAGAAAAGCCAGCUGACUAGAUAUUUUUAAAAGAAGAACAUAUAUUUUUACUGUAGCCUUCAACUAGCUCCUUUUAUUCCCCCCUGUGUUGUGUUUUAUUUGCAUCUGUUGUUUUAUUUCAAAGUUAAAACAGUUUUUUGACUUUAGACUUUUUCCUUUUCAUUCCACCCUGUGUUGUGUUUUAUUGUUGUAUUUGCGUUUUAACUUUUAUUCUCCUUCUGAUUGUAAAGCACUUUGAGCUGCAAGGUGCUAUACAACUAAAAUGUAUUAUUAUUUAAAUAAUUCAUCCUAUUUUGUUUCAAUAACUAAAUGAAUAUCAAGACAAUAACUGACAGAUUCACUGAUAAUGAAAAUAAUUUCUAAUUGCACAGCCAUCACAAGGCAUAAGCCAACUAAUUUAUAUAUUAAAGAAACCUACAUCUGUUCUAA